CCUCGGUGGGCUCCUCAGCCGAGGCGGGUUACACGUCAGUGGGAAACCUGUACUGGUGCGUGGACGUGUACCGCGCGAGUUCGGCGGUCCCCGGAUGCACUGGGCAGAAACAUGGACCGAGUGGUGGUGGAAGGGCCGAUCAACAACGGGUUUUCCAUUUCAUGCCCUUCAACAACGCCCCGAAAGCGUCAGGUUCGUUUCUCAGCUCGCCAUGACAUCAUCCUCCUGCGAGAAGUCAUUGCUCAGAACCCAUUUGGCUCCAAAGAGCCAGGACGGAUAUGGGCCCGUGUAGGGGAAAUCAUCACUGCAGCCCUGCAGGAGGAGAACUUUGAGGUGGAUGCCAGGAGGUGCAGGGAGAGGACCAUGCUGCUGCUGGACUAUUACAAGAAACAGGACUUUCCCAGCCUGCGCAGGUUUGGAACAGAGAGGUUGUAUGCCCAAAAGGAGGAUCUGCUCCAUGAGGUUCUGGAGCUGGAGGCUGAGAAGGGGCUGCUGGCCAGCGGUGAGGGGACAAAAUAUCAGGAUGAAGAGCGAAGGAAUCAUGUUCUAGAAGAACUAACUCUUCCAGAACAGGACAAACCCAACAUCACGCAGAUACCUGCAGAAGCAGAAGAAGAACGGGAGCAAAUGGCAGAGCUGUCAGCGGCGCCCACAGCCAAGAGGCCUUGCCAAUGUUGCUGCCAGACAUACUCCGAGAUUCUGAGCUUUCUGGAGAAACGUUCAGAGGCGGAGCAACGGCUUCGGGAGGAGGAGCUUGCACUGCGCCGAGAGGAACUGGAAAUUCAAAGGAGCAAGAUCGCUCUGGAGAGGGAACGCCUGGAAGCUGAGAGGAAAGAGAGGGAGCGGAGAUUUGAGCUUGAGAGUCAAGAGAGGCAGGUCAUUUUAGACCUGCUGAAAGACAAGGUGCUGAAAGGCUGAAAACACCUGCAGCAGACCGUGGACAUCCAAACACACGACCAAAACAGGAAGCAAAACAGCUAAACUGGAAGUGAGAAGAUCAGAGAGAGGAACAGUGAGUUGAAAUGUAAAAUAAAGCGGACUGGGCUGCUUUUGUCUGUUUUAGCAGUUGAACAACAAAGGAAAGCAGAGCAGCAGACAUGAUGGACAGGAAGUACAUGCAGCUGCUCUGCUCAUUUUUUAAACAGAAUAAAGUGUUUUUUAUUUCUUAUCAAUU